AUGGAGGCCUUGCUCGAAUCUCUACUAAGUGCACCGGAUCAGUUCUUGAGCAGUAACGGAUUGAAGAUUGAUGAAUGUUUCUCUGAGAAGAUCAUUUCGACAAUCAAGAAUCAUCAAAGUGAGGAAGCAUUUUACAUGCUGGAUUUGGGUGUUGUCGCAAACCUCAUGGAUACCUGGAAACGAAAUCUUCCAAUGGUCCAACCCUUCUACGCUGUUAAGUGCAAUACACAUCCGGAUCUCCUCGCCACCAUGGUGGCUCAUGGCUCCAGUUUCGACUGUGCAAGUCGGUCCGAGAUUGAAUCCAUUUUGGCUCUGGGGGUUUCUCCGGAUCACAUUAUCUAUGCUAAUCCCUGUAAAGCUAGCUCUCACAUCAAGUACGCUGCUAAAGUUGGCGUUAACCUAACCACUGUCGACUCACUGGAUGAGAUUGAGAAGAUCCGGAAAUUGCACCCAAAAGGUUCUUUACUGAUCCGCAUUAAAGCUCCGGACGAGAGUGGGAGCAGGUGGCCAAUGAGUUCCAAGUACGGUGCUCUUCCCGAAGAAGUACCUCAACUCCUCCAAGCCGCUCAAACUGCAGGACUCAAAGUUUCCGGGGUGGCAUUUCACAUAGGGAGCAAAUCCCGCAAUUCUCAGGCAUACAAAACAGCCAUACAGGCAGCUAAGGCGGUUUUUCAAGAGGCGGAUAGGCUCUGCAUGCCUCCCAUGCAUGUGUUGAAUAUUGGCGGUGGCUUCGUCUCCGAUGCAUUGUGCUUUGAAGCUGCGGCAGAAGCCGUGAAAACUGCCGUGCACAGGUAUUUUUCAGAAGAGGAGCGACGCAGCUUAACUGUGAUUGCCGAGCCCGGUCGGUUCUUUGCAGAGACGGCUUUCACGCUUGCCACCAAUAUCAUCGGGAAGCGAGUGAGAGGGGAGGUCAGACAUUACUGGCUCAACGAAGGGUUCCAUGGCUCCAUGAUGCGUGUGGAUCGCGCUGCGCUAGUUCGAUCCUGCAUUUCUCUUAAAUGCAUGUCCAAUAACAAUGGUAACGACAAUGAGAAGAACCCAGGCAUGAUGGUAAUGCAUGACGGUGGUGCUCGCACUUUCAGUUCGAUUGUGUUUGGUCCGACGUGCGAUCCGAUUGACAAGGUGUCGGAGGGUCACCAAUUACCUGAACUAGAGGUGAAUGAUUGGUUGGUGUUUCGGAAUAUGGGUGCUUAUACCUUAUCGUGUAGCAACAACUUCAAUGGUUUUAGCUCAGCCAAGAUCACCUACCUUACUAACUGA